CGCAGGACGCUCCCCACGAUAGUUCCCGGUGCAUUUGAGGUGUGAGUGAACGCUUUGUGAUCGGGAACGGGGCCUCACUUACAACUCCUUCGGGGCGUCCGACGACGGGAUUGUCUGUUGGUGACCGGUAUGGAAUGCCCAGUAUGUGGGUCGUCCCACAAGCGAUUCUGGUGUACCCGCUGCCUUUCCGAUAGACUCCAUGCUCACAGAGGGGUACAAACGGCAACGUCCGCAGAAUGCAAAUCCCUCGCCCAGCAGAUUACCGCCGUCCUCGAGCCGGCGCGCCCGCCGACGGGAAUAUCGCGCUCCGUCGAAAUGGCCAGUUUGAAAGUACGGCUCAGUUCACUCCAGGAUGACAUAUCCGACUCUCGGCGCCGUGUGCAACUCGCAAAGGACGAACUGAGCGCUGCAAAGGCCUUAAUGGCUACGCGUCGCCGAGAGUACACGGAAUCGAGACAGAUGGUCGAGUCGGAACGAAUGCGAGGAAUUGAAAGAGCCGUUCGCGAGAGAAAUGACGCCCAGAAGUCAUACCUGCAAACCGCUGAUGUGUUGAUGCAGUCGAGAAGACUGCUGAUAAGAGAGCUUCUGUCGAUAUUCAGAUUGAGGAAAGUCCAGCGGCGGCUUUCGAAGCCGCCAGCUUUGGGAUCUGUGGGGGCGUGCAUACCGUCAGGAGCUUCAGCGCACGUCGGGGCACGCCAAACUGUCACUGCUAUCAGUCCGACCGGGCCCGCUCAUGCGGAUCCAAUCGAGUAUCGGAUUGUGAAUGUCCCAUCGCCGGUUUUUGGCUACGCGCUGAAUUGUCCUCGAGAACGGUUCAACGCCGCUAUAGGCCACAUUAUCCAUAUGUGCGCCGUCCUCGGCAAAUAUCUUGACAUCGACUUUCCUUUCAAGGUAGUCAAUAAGGGCACCAAGUCCUGCGCGUAUAGGAACUCUGCCUUUGCCAUCGAGAUUACGCGAAUGCCUUUGUACCUCACUGAUUCCAAUGCGGAGCACUUUACCAUUGGUCUCGCCAUGUUGAACUAUAACAUCGCAUACCUAUGCUAUACGCAAGGUGUUGAUAUCCCUCUGCUGAACGUGACGAAUACCUUGGAAAACAUUGCUCUGUGCUGUCAGGCGAUGAACCUGGGAAGACGGUUCACUUCCUCUAUCGAUCCUGAGCGAGCACUCCCUUGAAGCGAAAUCUAGCAUGUCCAACAUCCAGGGCAGUGUAGAGACCCCCUGUUCCUCAACCCACCGAUCGUCCCAACCAUCUCCCUCUUCGUCACACUCAUCAUCAGUCCCGCACCCACAUCGCCGACCUCUCACGCAGUUUC